UGGCUAUAAUCCAAACCGUAAACCGAACUUUCACCCCUAGGUGUAACAUUUAAAAAAACACGGAGGGAGUAACACUCUUUCUCAAAAAAAACCAUUUUCCAAUUCCAUUCCAAUGCUUCUAAAACCCUAACCAAUCUACCAUAACACCAUCAAUGGAAGACACUGAUGGAAGUUUGAGCUUCGAUUUUGAAGGCAACCUCGACACUAUCCCUAACAUCCCCACUGCUUCUAAUCCCGUCAUCCAACCUGAUCCAAAUGCCGCCCCUUUCGCCGGAGCCGCCGUCGCAACUGGCGGUUCUGCCCCUUCUGACCAGACUUCAGGGCAAGGCAAUCGCCGCAGCUUCCGGCAAACCGUUUGCCGCCAUUGGCUUCGCAGCCUGUGUAUGAAGGGGGAUUCUUGCGGCUUCCUUCACCAAUACGACAAGUCUCGGAUGCCCGUCUGCCGGUUCUUCAGAUUGUAUGGCGAGUGUCGUGAGCAGGAUUGUGUUUACAAGCACACCAAUGAAGAUAUUAAAGAGUGCAACAUGUACAAAUUGGGUUUCUGUCCAAAUGGGCCAGACUGUCGUUACCGACAUGCAAAGCAGCCUGGACCUCCGCCUGCUGUUGACGAAGUACUUCAGAAGAUCCAGCAACUCACCUCAUACAGUUAUGGUGUCUCAAAUAGAUUUUCUCAACAACGGAAUACAAAUUAUUCUCAGCAAGCAGACAGGUCGCAGUUUCCACAAGGUGCUAACACUGCAAAUCAAGGUUCAGUCCCAAAAUCUACAGCAACAGAGUCUUCCAACAUACAGCAACAAUUACAGCAGCCUCAUCUGGCUGGUCAGGACAACAUACAAAAUCUUCACAGUAAUUCAUCUAGUCAAACAGGCAGGACAGCUACUCCACUUCCUAAGGGGAUAACUAGGUAUUUUAUUGUGAAGAGCUGCAAUCGUGAAAACUUGGAGUUAUCUGUUCAACAAGGUGUAUGGGCUACCCAAAGAAGCAACGAAGCCAAACUGAAUGAAGCUUUUGAUACUGUUGAGCAUGUAAUCUUAGUUUUUUCUGUUAACCGUACUCGACAUUUUCAGGGCUGUGCAAAGAUGACAUCGAAAAUUGGUGAGACUGCUAGUGGUGGUAACUGGAAGCAUGCACAUGGGACAGCGCAUUAUGGGAGAAAUUUCUCAGUCAAAUGGUUAAAGUUGUGUGAGCUGUCUUUCAACAAAACACGGCAUUUGAGGAAUCCUUACAAUGAGAAUUUGCCAGUGAAGAUUAGUAGAGAUUGCCAGGAGCUUGAGCCUUCUGUUGGGGAGCAGCUGGCUUCCUUGCUUUAUCUUGAACCUGACGGUGAACUUAUGGUGACUCUAGUUGCAGCUGAAUCCAAACGCGAAGAAGAGAAAGCAAAAGGAGUUGACAUAGAAAAUGGAGCUGAGAAUCCAGACAUAGUUCCAUUUGAGGACAAUGAAGAGGAGGAAGAGGAGGAAGAAAGUGAAGAAGAAGACGAGAGUUUUGGUCUGGCACCUGGGAGUCUUGCUAUUCAAGGCAGAGGAAGGGGAAGAGGGAUGAUGUGGCCACCAAAUUUUCCUAUGGGUCGAGGAGGAAUGCGUCCUAUGCCUGGGAUGCGGGGCUUUCCUCCUGGCAUGAUGGGGGUGGAUGGUUUCAAUUAUGGACCUGGACCUGACAACUUUCCAAUGCCUGAUCCUUUUGGCAUGGGUCCUCGUCCUUUCGUGCCCUACAGCCCAAGGUUCUCCGGUGAAUUUACAAAUCCUUCACCUGGUAUGAUGUUUCCUGGUCGGCCUUCACAACCUGGAGGGGUCCAUCCUGGUGGUGGGUUUGGGAUGAUGAUGGGCCCUGGGCGUGCUCCAUUCAUGCCUGGAGGAAUGGGUAUUGGUGGGAGAGGUGGUCGACCAAUGGGUAUGCCUCCUAUCUUUCCUUCCCAGCCUGGACCACCUCAAGGUGGCAAUCGGGGUCCUAAGAGGGAUAUUAGAGGAUCAGGUAGUGAUUGGGGUGAGACAUUUGGAUCAGUUCCAGAUCAAGGGAAGUUGCAGGAUAUGAGUGGACGUGGUGAUGACUCAUCAAAUCAAGGUGCUGAAAAAUUUGUCUCUCGAAACAGUCUAACAAAUGAUGACAGUGAAAGUGAGGAUGAGGCUCCUAGGAGGUCAAGACAUGGUGAGGGAAAGAAAAAACGUCGAAGCCUGGAUGGUGAUGUGCCUGCUUUAGACCCAUGAAGAUGUCAUUACAUGUUGAUGAUGAUGCACAGUCAACAAUAAUGGAUCAAUUCUAUUGUCGUCGAUAUAGAACCUCGUGAAACACCUUCAGCUUAUCACGACCUCACUGUAGUUAUUUCAGUUCUACUUAAAUCGCCCCGAAGUGAUGGGGGUAGGGGGUAAAAGAUCAGCAUAAUUUCUUACAGUACAAAAUAUUAACUUUUUGUCUCAUAGUUUUUGAAGGCCAGAGAAUCUCAGGAAUUUAUGUUUUCAAGCAGAACUUCAGGCUUGCUUAUGGGCAUUUAGGGCAGCCAGACGAAAGGGGUUGGUUCGAUUACAGGUUUAUACGGAUUGUGCUCGGGUUGUUUCUCUUCUUACAGGGAUGUCUGAGGAUGAUAUUUCGUGUGUUUGGUUACUUGAAGCUAUCAGGGUUGAAAUUAAUUCUCUUACAGCCUGUAAGAUUCAGAAGGUUCCUCGCUGUUGGGUUUUACCUGCUCAUUGGCUUGCUGCUCAAGCUCGUCGUCGACUUUCCAUUUCUCGGUCUUUUUGAUUCUUUUUUUGUGUUGUUAGUUUCUAGUUCCCUUUGUCAAAAAAAAAAAAAAAAAUGUACACGAAGAUGUGCAAUGGAGGGUGAUAGAUCGAUAGAUAGAACGUUAGCUUGAUGGUCUAGUGUUACUGGUGUUGACCGACCUAAUUCAUUGUCUUGGUCGUAAAUGUCACUGUACCUUUUAAUUUUACAUGCUGUAUCAUUUUUAUUAAUGGUCUUUCAAUGUAUUUUGAUCUAUUAAUUUUUUGCCUACUUUAUGUCGAUUGAAAAUACCUAAAAUGUCUUUACA